AUUAAAAUUAACUAAAAUUGUAAAAUUUUUGACAUCCAAAUUUUUAUUUUUUUAUUUUUCACUUUCUGAAUAUUUACGGUCGGCGGACCAUCAGCGGAGGAGAGUUUUAAUAUUCCCAUUAAUAUUUCGGCUAGCUUGCCUGGAGAAGCUUAUGGAAAUCAACCUGACUGGGAAAACAGCUUUGGUAACCGGAGCUGGAAAAGGUAUAACUAUAAUUAACGAAUUUAAGAAUAGAUCUUACUGUAAGCUCUCUACGACUAUAAUUUUUUUUCAUUAAAGGACACAAUUUCCCGAAUACAUAAUUAACAUAAAUACAUUCACUGAAAGGCAGUACUCCAGAGGGAAGGGUUGUAAAUUAUUUUAAUAAUUAUUAUUUUAAAAUAAAUAUUUUAACAACCCCUGACUAAUAUAUUAGACAUUGUGUUUUUAAUAAUAUAAAGGAUCGAUCCAUGUUAAUCAGGCCCCCCACGCAGGCUAUGUUAAUCAUGGGCGUACCUCGGGGAGGGGUGUGGGGGAGCGCAAUUUUGACAGAAAUCUUACUCAAAUACGAUCAAGGUCCAUGAAAACUGGAGCAAAACUCAUUCAUAAUGAAUUAAGUUUAUGCACAUAGAACAUACUAUUGUAAUACAUAAUGUAAUUUUGCAUCUAAGACACUUCUAAAUUUCAACAAAAUUUGGUUGACAAGGGGGAGGUUGCAAUUAAUGUUGGGCAAUUUCCGAAGUUGGGCAUUUUAUGUUCCACCUCCCCCUAUAUUUUUGGCGCUGGUACGCCCAUGAUGUUAAUAUGAAGGAGCAAGGGCGUAACUUGGGUCUAAACGUUCGAGGGGUUGGGUGUAUAGUCUCUUUGUCCAACAAAAAGGGUGUAAAGAUGCUGGGAAAACUAAAAAAAAUUAUGAGAGUUCAGAGGAGUACCAACGAAGACACCAUCCUUGUCCUCAGGCCUUUGCUACAUUGCUCUUCACAGUGGACCUGAUCCCCUGGGCCUAGGGACGCUUAUUGAGUGCCAAACGCAUGAGAGGCAUGCUCCCCCAUAUAAUUGGGAAAUUAAUUUAGUCUCUGAAAUUUUUAAAAUUGCUCAAACUGGACUGCUAGGUUUUUGUUCUUAUUCAGCAUGAUUUGAAUGUAUUUUUGCCCAACAAAUUAUUGAAUAUUUGAUAAAUUUGCCUUACAAAAUUGCCUUUCUCAAACAUUAGGGGGGGGGGGGUCACACUUCCACCAAACCCAAACAUUCCAACCGUCCCGGUUUACCCGGGACUGUCCCGGUUUGGACUACUGUAUGUUGUCCCGGUGUCCCGGUUUUCUUCUUAUUGUCCCGGUUUCUGUAGUAUUUUAAUAGUUGUAUUCUUCAAAUAAGGCUCAUGUGACAAAUAUUAAUGAAAUUCGUUUGGUUCAAUACAUAUUAAUGAAAUGGGAGCUUCCAGUUGCUCCAAACAAUUGCCGAGUUUGUCGCCGAUCGUUGUAAUUCUCGUGAUAUACCAGAGUGACAUAUGUUGUUUUGACAAUUUAGCAUUCGCUUUCAAUUCCUAUUCAUUUUGCCAGGGCUACAUGAAGUAAAGCAGCGUAACAGAAGCGGGCGCAAGAAGAUGUUAUAUUACUUAUGGGUUUCAACUCAGCCAAUUUCAACACUAACCCAAAUGGACACCACAUCAUUGAGAAAAGCGCGGCAAUUCAGACCUGCCAAGGUUCCCGCAUUUCGCGUGAAAGUUACGCAUUCUGCUUUUGUUCCCGCUGUCCCGCACGCAUGACUAAAAUGAUCUUAAAGUUACGCAUUUUUACCAUUAUAUGACGCUAUCCCACUUUUCGUGCAAUAACUCAUUGACAACGCUGUCUGCAAACGUAGAAUUACUGAGAGUUAACAAUCGAUCAACCAAAUAAAGACGUUCAGAUGCAUCGUGGCCUUGGGGUACAUGGCCAAAUACGCUUUCUGACGAUCUGGAGACUCCAAAUUUCCAAAAUUCUCUCAAUUUUCCUAUAUAGUCACAUUAAACUGUAAGUAACACUGUCAUAUUGAUCAGUAGUUAUUUUACUUAUCUUCAUUGUUAGGCAGUGGGUAGGAAAGACUCUAAAAAUGCUAUUUCCGACGGUCUAGAGAAUUCAAAUUUUCAAAAUUUUGUGCUCGGCGCCAACCAUGAUAGCAUCUCGCGGGCGUCGCAAAAUCAGGUGAAUUGAAACAAUUCAGGCGGUAAAUCUAACCUCCCCCCCCGCCCCCAAGGCAAAGUCCUUGCAACGGCCCUGGUCACACAUUCUUAUCUUCCGAACUUGGCAGGUCUGUGGCAUUUAUUCGAGGGAGGCGUUUAUUCGAGGGAGGCGUUUAUUUGAGUAAAAUGAGAAAAUUGGUAAGUGUGCCGGUUUUGAGGAAUCGGAGGUUGGAAUGUCUGCAAACCCCCACCCAACCCCCAACCCCCAGGACUUAUUCCCCAAUGUCAACAUUCAAGUUGCCACGCAAAAUGUCUGUUGACGUUUUUACUUAAACCUGUUGACCCAGCCUUGAAAGUUAUAGUUUAUGCCAAUAUUUUUUUCAAUUGUGAACCAAUACCCGACCUGCCAACUCUCACGAUUCCGCCGUGUGUCACAUGAUUUUUGUACAUUUCUCACGGUCUCACAACAUGACUCAGUUUUCUCACGAUUUUAAUUCUUUAUUUCAUUUCUUGCAAUUUACUUUGUCACCUCUACUUUAGUUUAAUACUAAGAUUUUAUUCAGACAGAAAUUACUUGUUUAUAAUUCUUAAAUUCCAGGAUUUUUCAUUUUCAUUAGUUGAAGUAAAGUUAAGUCAGAAAUUCCGAAAAAAUAUGUUAGUUUUGGGCGAGAAGGUGCAUGCAGUUAGUUUUUGAUAAUUUUUUGCAGGCUAAUGCAUAAAUUACAUAAAUUAUGCAUCACAUCCCUCUAUUUAAAUACAACAUAGUGUAAUUAUUCAACAGUUUUUCCUACUGUAUUCAUAAACAUAUUGUAAAUGUUAAAUACAGUCAAAUUAAUUCAUUCUCACUACUUUUUGUGAAAUCUCCAGAUUUUUUGUCACUAGAGAAGAAAAUCUCCAGAUUUUUUACUCCCUCAGGUUGUCAGGUCUGCAAUACGGUCUCACCCACAUGUCAAUUUGACAUUAUUGGGCACCGUCAAAGUAAAACUUCUCCCCAACUGGGAUUUUUGCCAGGGCAUUUCUUAACUAUAUAUAUGUAACUGGGGGGGGGGGGAAUCCCCCCAGCUCCCAUGGUGGCCCCCCACUCAACCAUUUUACCCCCCCCCCCUUCUCUAAAAUAUAAGCAAAACAUGGAAUUUAGAAGGGAGGUUUAAUAUUCUACUGUAACUGAAAUUUGCUUUUUGAAUCUUUUGUCCUGUCUUUUAUCUUUAAUGCGAAACAUUGUGCUGUAAAUAUUACCUUUAGAUUUUAAACAUUUUCCAGUGGAUUGCAUAUCCCAGACCCUAUAGGGAGGCCCCCUAUAGAUUUGAGUUGUUGGAAGGGUCGGCUAAACAAGUUAGUGACCGCAGGGGCGUAGGAAGCAGGGGGGCAGCAGGGCCCCAACCCAAUGUUUUAUAAAGGGGGAGCUUUGCGCACAUGUAUGCAAUUGUACGAUUGUGUCGAAAUGUAUUGCAAAAAUUCUUGACACCUUGUGAUUUGGCCAUGUGGAAGCCAGGAAGGGUCUACAUAUACAGUAUGUAGUGUGAGCCAUGCGAGGCACCAAAACAUGGGAGUCACACAAGAAUACUGUGAGCCAUGCUUCGCACAAAAGUUUCAAAUGAUUAAAUUUCAAUAAUUUGAAGUAAAUUUUAACCCAAAUCUUUGGUAUUAAUGUAUUUUAGGGCAAUGAAACUGCAUGUUUGUAUUAAUGCACUAUAACUACAAAGCAAACUAUAUAGGAAAGCAAACCCACAUAAUAUGUACAUUUCAUUUUUGGGAUUGGGAAAUAAACUGAAGUUCGUUGUAUGAUUGUAAACUAGAUAGAUUUCAGGUUUUGGGACCAUCUACAGGACACUUGAUCUAACUAAUUGUAGAAUGGUUUUGCAGAUGGAAAUUUCCAGUGUGAAUUUUAUCCAUUUAUAUUAGACCUAACAAGGGCAGUUGUGAAAAACGCAACUAUAAACACUCAGGCAGGAAUUGAACCUGUGGGCAGGCCUUUAAUGGAAACAAAAUUUGAUUGGUUCGGUCCAGUGGUUCGGUCACGCGUUGCAUUACGAAUCGUCACAAUCUCGUUCCCCGAGCCUGCGAUCCUCGGGAAGGAACGCGAGGCUCUGGGAUAAUCCGUUUCAGGGAGGAAUCUGAUUGGCCGUUGAAAUGGAAUGCGUAGUUCAAUCUUAGCCAGAAUUCUUGGCUUCCGGCAACGGAUUAUCCCAGAGCCUCGCGUUCCUUACCGAGGAUCGCAGGCUCAGGGAACGAGAUUGGAAUCGUCAUUGAAAAUUGUCCCGUGUAAAGGCGGAUUUCCAGUCCUCGCACGAGUGAUGCAUGAGCACUUUCAUCCAAUCACAAUGCUAAACAGUUCAUUUUAAUUAGAUGCAAGCACUCGCAGCGAGCUGCGAGGAGCUUCGUGCGAGGACUGGAAAACCGCCUUAAUAUGGCCUUAAAGUGGCUCGAUAUAUUAAUUCACACAAAAUCCCUUAUACAUGAAUCACAAAAAGAAAUCGUUCUGCCGUGUGAAAAAAAAACGCGUGACCAUUUGUGUACGCGGGAAUAUUAAUGAAAGGACUUACAGUAUGUAUAUAACCUGACGUGGCGACUUACUCACGCCCAUUGGCCAUUGCACGUGUUUUAGCCAUAGCAAAGAACUGUGUUUUAUCAAAACUGCCAUAAUUUGAACUAGAAUUAGUAUAGGUAAUAGUAUGGUUUCGAAUGCAAUUUGGGAAAAACAUGCAAGAGUGAAUUUUUCAAAGACGAUCAAAGUCUUUGAAAAACUCACAAGCUAAGAUUUAACAAAUUUUAUCCACCCAAACAUUUGUAAAUUUGAAAAAGUCGAAAUUUUACAAAUAUCACGCGUACAUGAUCUAUUCUAAUAAGGGAAUGCUAUUGGAUAAGGUUUCGCGUGACGUAAUUCCGUGCGUCUGUCCCAGUGAACUCUAAGGGAACUGCUAUAUAGGACAUGUGUUAUUACAGUUCACUGGUCUGUCCUCUAAUAGAUCAUGGCUCUCGACCAAUGAAAGCGCUUGAAUUCUUAACGUUAUUAUAUAAAGCUAUAUUUUAAGUAAUAAUAGUUGUCUACAUUCUGUUUGCAAGGUAUUGGUCGAGCAACAGCUAUAUUGUUGGCAAAAUGUGGAGCAAAUGUUAUCGCACUUUCAAGAACCCAAAAUGAUCUUGACUCUUUGAAAACAGAGGUAAAAAAGUUCUUUGUCUGCAUGGUUUGAGAAUAGAUUUAUAUAACAUAUACACUUUAUACACUUUAUACACUAUAUAAUAUAUAAAACAUUUGAAUGUACACUGAAAAAGGUGCUUUUUUGUUUACAGUUCGUUUUGACCAAAUUCGUCUGAUUGGUUUAUUUUUUGUCACGUGAUCUCUUUUAUAUUCACCAGUAUAAAAGCACAUGUAUAUUCCCGAUCCAUGCUACAAAGGUCCCAACGAAGGGACGUUGAAGUUUCACUUGUAUUUUUCAGGUAGUUGAAUCCCUCUCAAUCCGCAGCUUUCUAACAAUUGAAUGUGUACUAACUUAGAAUGCAUGUAAGAAUACGUACUUGCUAAUAAGGACACCUCUCUAAUAAGGAAACCUCUAUAACAAGGACACUUCUCUAAUAAAGACACCUCUCUAGUAAGGAAACUUCUCUAACAAGGACACCUCUCUGACAAGGACACCUCUCUAAUAAGGGAAACAUCUCUAAUAAGAAUACCUCGCUAACAAGGGCACCUCUCUAAUAAAGAAACCUCUCUAACAUGCAGGAACACCUCUCUAAUAAAGACACCUCUCUAAUAAGGAAACCUCUCUAGCAAGGACACCUCUCUAAUAAGGGAAACAUCUCUAAUAAGAACACCUCGCUAACAAGUGCACCUCGCUAACAAGGGCAUCUCGCUAACAAGGACACCUCUCUAAUAAAGACAUCUCUCAAAAUGGAAGCCUCUCUAAUAAGGAAACCUCUGUAAAAAGAACAUCUCUCUAAUAAAGACACCUCCCUAAUAAGGAAACCUCUACAACAAGGACACCUCUCUAAUAAAGAUACCUCUCUAAUAAGGAAACCUCUCUAACAAGGACACUUCUCUAAUAGAGACACCUCUCAAAUAAAGACACCUCUCUAAUAAAAACACCUCUCUAAUAAGGAAGCCUCUCUAAUAAGGGAAACAUCUCUAAUAAGAACACCUCGCUAACAAGGACACGUACUCGCUAAUAAGGACACCUCUCUAAUAAGGAAACCUCUAUAACAAGGACAUCUUUCUAAUAAGGAAAGCUCUCUAACAAGGACACCUCUCUAAUAAAUACACCUCUCUAAUAAAGACACCUCUCUAGUAAGGAAGCCCCUCUAAUAAGGGAAACGUCUAUAAUAAGAUUACCUCGCUAACAAGGGCACCUCGCUAACAAGAGCACCUCUCUAAUAAGGACACCUCUCUAAUAGGACAUCACUAUAAAAUGGGCAGUUCUCGAAUACGGACCCGGCUAUAUGUCCCUUCAGUGUUUGCAGUAGAGAAGUUCGACUGUGUGGUACAUUGGUUCAACGUCGGUAAUAUUCUGUGUUUUCUUGACUGGAGUUUACCAAAAUGCUCUUAAUACUGUUUCAUUUAGGUAUCAGGCAAUAUUAAGACUAUAUGUGCAGAUUUGUUGAACUUGGAUGAAGCAGUAAAAGCUAUUGAAUCAACUGAUGAUCAUAUUGACUUGUUGGUAAACAAUGCUGGAUAUCUUGUUCAUAUGAAUAUUUUAGACGUAACAGAGAAUGAAAUUAGCAAGUAUGUUCAAUUUGAUAUUAUUGCAUUUACCGUAACGUUGUCACUGUAUCGCUCUCCUUGUGGUCGAUCAAGGUUUUGUGGAAGUUAAAUUAACACUAAAUAUUAAAAUAUAAGGUAGAAGUGUAGUAAACAAGCUAAAUUAGGGAGGCUUCUUGCAGUUCCAAUUACAAUCAUUUUAGUCUUUUGCCUGUUGAAGGGUUUCUAAGAAAGACCUUCAGCACUUUAAUUUGAUCGAGUUAGAUGCCCAAAAUCCCUUCAACCAACAAUUAGUUUAUUUUUGUCGAGUGAGUUUCCCAAAAUCCUGAUAUUUUAAUUUACAAUAUUUAUAUUUCAGAGCAAUUAAGGUAAAUUUGACAGCUCCACUCCGCUUAAGCCAGGUAAACAUUUUCGGAUUAUUCUAAUAAAUAGUUUUUAGCUUUUAAAAUUCUCUAAACGUAUCUAUUUUACUUAUUUUUCUGAUCCUUGACUUGAAAUCACAAUUUUUAUUCACAUAUACACAAGACUAAACAAGUUCAAAAACCUAACUUUUUUUAAGACUCCUUUACUUAUGGUGACAAAGAAAUGGAUAUGCCGUUUUUCAUGGGGUGCCACGUUUUUAUGGCCACCCCCUGUAUAUUUUUCCUUUACAAAAUAGUUAAAAUGUAUUUUUCCUUUACAAAAUAAUUUUACCCAGCUUGUCUAAAUUUGUUUUGUUUGUAGAUGGUCGCUCGUGACUUAAUAAAACGAAAUGUUGGUGGAGCCAUUGUGAAUAUUUCAACUGUUGUCUCGGAUCGAUUUUCGGGGCAUACGGCACCGUAUGGUAAGUCGCGUUUUUCGUUUGUUCGUAACCACACACUCCGUAGGCAAUUCGCGGAGCGAGUAGGGGGAAGCCCGUGAUAAUAAUGUCACUCGGAUAUUUACAGUAAUGUAUACACAAUCUGUAUACGGAAGCUAUUUUUUGAAGUCAGCGUCUACAAUCAGUGCGUGGCAAAGGGUUUUUGGACAGUGAUUAUUAAUAAUAUAUACAUAUUUACGCAUUUCCAAAUACUGUUCAGCAUAAUGACAUCUCUCCCUCCCCCACCCUGAACAACGUUGGGUCUGGCGCUGGCAAGGAACAUUUUGCGCAGGCAUUUCCACACACAACAUUGAACGGGGGUGCGGGGUUCGAUUAUGUUGUAAACGUACGCUCUUUUGCUAUUUUGUCCAAAGGGCUUUGUCACUGACUGUAGCCACGGUGAGUUUGAAAACCAACCUGAUGGGUCAAACCAAUUGAACACAUACCGCAUGUGGCUUCGGUGGCAAAUAUAUGGCAGGCUUCUCACUCCUGCUACUGUAAGUAGCAAUAAAACAAUGCAUGUUAAAGUGUGGUGCUUGAAUUUCUGUUUAAAUUAUUAUUGCUUCAAUUGUCUGCAUGAAAUGGAAAAUAUUGGGAAGGGUGUUUGGGAACUGUAAUAGCUAUUUGGUUUCAAAAUGCGAAGGGUUGCAUGUAUUUCUAAUUAGUUGCUACCACAAGUGAGUUUUAUGCAGUGAACGUCAUCGAGUGCAACAGAUGAUGAUUGCUGGUCAACCGUCGUCAGGUAUCAGCUGCUCAUGUCUUGUAAUGUCUACUGUACUCUCAAACAUGAUUAUGUUUCGUCUAUUGUAGGUUUUUCUAAAGCUGCUUUGGAUAAUCUAACAAAGACACUAGCUGUAGAACUUGCACCACACAAGGUCAGAUAAAGCUACGUCAGUAUCGAGCCUCCUCCGCAGCCAUCUGCAUGCGUUUUAGCCUGCGAAUGGGUAGUUCGAAAAACCGACCACCCGAUCUCAUAGAGGUGCCUGCGGAGCAGGCUACGUCAGUAUCAUGAAUAUAAUUGUGAAACCUGACACCGUGCCAAAGUAAUUAUAUAUUAAUUGCAUUAAUUUUAGAUCCGAGUAAAUAGUGUUUUGCCCGGUCUCACACUUACACCAACUAUACAAAGUUAUAUUGAAUCGGAUGGCGUACAGGGUGUACUUGCUCAAACACCAAGAGGUCAAAUCGCAGGUAUGCAUUUUCCACUCGUAUAUAUGUUUCGAUUUCUUCAAUUUUAUUCAGUACAGGGAAGUUGAUGGCACAUUGGCACUGUGGCAAAUGCAUGCAUAUGCCUUUUGUCUGUGACUGGGGAUCAAUUUCUGUAAUCAGGGCCGCCGAGAGAAUUCGCGGGGCCCGGGGCAAAUCUUCCCUGGGGGCCCCCAUGACAUUAUUUUUAAGCUAGACCCAACUAGACCUUAACUAGACUGCAUGUGGAGGUACUGUAAGGGGACCUCAAUUUCAAAAAUGCUCUGACCAAUUUAAAGAACCUACUCAAUUUUAGGCUACCGCUCUCAAGUUGGGGCCCUAUUAAGGUGGGGGUCCGGGGCAAUUUGCCCCCCUCUUGGCGGCCCUUUCUGUAAUAUGCAGUUUUCUGUUUAUUUCAAUUUGAAGUCUACUAAACAAUCGUCUCCUGUACGAUCUCUUGCUGUAGUAGGGCUGAAGUGAGAAGGGGAGGCACAUGCAGUGUUAUCCCGUAUACUGCAUAAAGUUAGUCCACGUUUUCGUCUGUAGUACGUAACACCAUGAACUAAUGAAGAGAUGACCUUCACUGUUGUAACAACAUGUUAUCCUCCUGCCAUUCAACAAUUUGUCAACAAGUUGUGAGUGACAACCUUGUAGCAACUCGAAAAAUAUUAACAUUGUUACAACUUGUUGACAAGCUUGCUACAAGCCUGUAGCGAACACAUCUUGUUGACAAGUGUACGUGUGUACCGCGCAUGUGCUGUAGUUACACUGGACCAAUUAUCAUUUAUGUCCCUUUACUGCAUAUUAUUGAGAGCAGCUGAUAAUAUACAGAGCUACCCAGUACCAAUAAAUUUAGUUUUCAAUUUAGUCUCAUAACGCGACAUAUAUAGUCUCAUUUAAUGCAAGUUAUUUCUUAUUUUUCAUAGAUCCGAAAGAGAUCGCCCACUCUAUCGUUUAUUUACUGAGUGACUUUGCUAGCAAUAUCACUGGUGCAAUGAUCGCUUCCGAUGGUGGAUUUUUAGCUAAUUAAAAUACAAUUGACUUACGGCACAUUAAAUUACGAUAUAAUUGGAAACGUGUCUGUGUGACAUACGCGAGAUCUAGUAUUAACAAGACGCCUGCUCAGGCGUUCACAUUGGCCUGAAAAUGACGACAUACAUGCUAUGGUGUAAUACAUGAGUCAAUGCCAGGAGUAACCAUCCCCCCCCCCCGGGAACACACCCGGGAAUUUGAUUUGAUUGGUUACGAUAGUGCAAAUGCCCGGAUGCCGGGACACAACUAGGAGACUAAUGCACGGCCCUUGGGCAAGCUGAGAGUGGAAAAUGCCCCACCCCGGGGACGAUUUUAAACGUUAAUAAAUAAAAACGUUAAUACGCCUUUUCCGGGUUCGCGACGCCAUUUUGCCAAGUGGGCAAACACAAUAGUGAAAACAAUGGAAUUGCUAGUAAUUCCCUAUAGGAAAAUUUGCAAGUGGGGGGCAAACACAAUAGCGAAAACAAUACUUUCAAGAUGGCGUCGCAAACCCGGAAAAGACGUAUAGCAUAGUCAUUUAAUAACACUAUAGUAUUAAACUGCUAUGGAAUAUUAUAAAACUUUAAUUAUCUUGCUAAGAGUGGUUAAAAGUAUUUCAACAAUGAAAUCAUAAACCUUUAAUAGUUGUAUUUAAAUUUGCAUGGCACAGGUUAUAAUUUUCGCUUAUUCUGACAAUAAAUUUCACGCCACCUUGACACGAGGACGCAAAAUACGAUCAGCGCGCCCACAUGCGUGCCUGAAACUGGGUUUUGCUGCCUUAAAAUUUGCGGGUGGGAUUCUGGGCAACCAUUUGUCAAAUCCCCGGGGUUCUUAGCGACUAUAACAAUACCCGGCCCCCGUACACAUAUAUGAAAGGCAAAUUCCCAACCCCCGUGAACUGUCUAUCAGGCAAAUUCCCGGGGGUGUCCCGGGGAGGAGGGGGGGGGGGAUGGUUACUCCAGGAAUUGACUCAUGCAUAACAGACAAGGACUACAAAUCGUGAACCGCAAACGCAAAGCGUGAAAGGCUAAAAGCGUGGCGUGAUCGAUGCAUGAGUGGGUUGGAUACGCAAAAUUAUCCUAUUAAGUUAUCCUGAGGACUAGUGAGGAGAUGUUUUCGUAAUGUGACUAAUGUCCGAUGAAACACAAGUAUUAAUCACAAAUACAAACGUUAUCCAUAAAUGUAUGUGGUCUCUGAGCAUGCGAUUGCGCUAGCGCAGACAACAUUGUUUACAUUCCGUAUUUAUAUAAAGUCCGUAACGUAUAAAAUUCGAUAUUAAUUUUAAUACUCCACCUCGAAACUCAGCGAUCCAGAUAUCAUGUUUAUAAAAUGAGCGACUUUCUGAGACACAUUGAAAUAUCCGUAUUUCCUGUCAAUCAGAAUUCAGAUGUACC